AUGAAUGUGGAGUCACGUAUCUCCACAAUCAAAAAAUAUGGUUAUUGCUAUAACUGCUUGGCCAUAUCACACAGCUACAAGAACUGUGUGAGUAAAUUCUCGUGUCGUAAGUGUCACAAAAAACACAAUACUCUGAUACACAGAGAAUCCAGCUUUCGACCUGAAUCCACUCCGGAAAUACCAAACGUCACUAGUUCGAACCAUGAAAACGCUUCAAGUACCGCACUACCCACCCAAAGCACAAAUACAAAUCGGCAAGCCUACACUACAACUAUACAGUCCACUAUAUCAUCAACCCAAGACCCACCCAACCCAAGUAGGAAGCAGAUAUUACUCGGUACUGCAAUGGUUCAAAUAGAACAUAAUGGCCAGCGAUAUUCCGCGAGAGCCCUUAUUGAUUCAGGAUCGGAAGCCACAUUUAUAUCUCGAAGACUUCAGAGAAGCUUGGAUAUACCCACCCACUCUGUAUCAGCCCAAGUGACCGGACUAAACAAUGCAGUUUCAGCAACACCAACGAACAUCUGUGAAAUCACGCUUUGCUCACCCUUAAACACAAAUUAUAAGCUAUCAGCACAGGCAUUUAUACUAAAUAGCCUAACUGAUAAUUUACCCUCAUACCCUAUAGAUCCAAAGCAGUGUCUUAAAAAUCUUGGAUUCACUUUAGCCGACACCCAAUUUCACAAACCCAGACCCGUGGAUAUACUAAUCGGCAGUGAUAUCUAUCCAAGUAUUUUACUCAAUGGAGUAAAGAGGAACAUACUAGGUUCACUCUUAGCUCAAGAGACAGAAUUCGGAUGGAUAUUGUCCGGACCCAUAACCCAACCCUCCCAAAAUUCCGCCAUAGUAUCAUUUCACAAUAAAGUGAAUCCCGAGAGUCUUCUCACACGUUUUUGGGAGGUGGAGGAAAUCCCAAAGGAAUCCGUAGUUUCCAAAUCGGACCAAAUUUGUGAGGAAAUUUUCCAAAAAACUACCCGUCGUAAUCCAGAUGGGCGCUAUAUAGUAACCCUACCCUUCAAAGAACCCGACAAUAUUGAUAUCGGACAAUCUAGACAUAUAGCGUUGGCCCAAUUCCUCAGAAAUGAACGAGCUUUACUUAAAAAACCCGAAGUGAAAGCAGAAUACGACAAAGCAAUCAUGGAAUAUUUGGAACUCGGACAAAUGAAGAAAGUAGAGUAUGACCCUUCUGGUAAAGCGACCCAAUAUUACUUACCACACCACGCGGUCAUUAAACCCGACCGUAUAACCACGAAAUUGCGUGUGAGCAAUUCGCGUUAUCGCUUACCUAUUCAGGUUUUGCGCAAAUGCCUCACCAAGGAGGCGAGAAAUUGA